UAAGCUCCGCCGCGCUUGCGCAAUCCCUGCACAAGCGACAGCUGCUCCACCUUCUUCAAGCCGAACUCGAUACUCCCGCGCAGUUGUUGAAGUAAAAGCAACAGCGGCGAAGAAGGGCAGGGGGAAGGAGUGUGGAAACGAAGUUAGAGCGCAUGCGCGGCAAGGCCUAAGGCACGAAGGCAGGCAGGCAAGCGGGAGGGGGGAAUAGAAGGCGGGUUGACGGUUUCUUUUCUUUUUCUGGGUUGCGGAGCCGGGAAAGAAAGAGAGGGAGACCCCCCCCCCCUGGGCUGGGCGCUUUCGGGUGCCGCGCUCGAGGGACUCGACGCCACUGGCAGGAGGGUUUUUCAAGGGGGGGGGCUGUUGCUCUCCGUGCCGUCGUCGUCGUCGCCGCCUCCUUCUCCUCUUCCUCGGUGAAGCGCCCUCUCCCUGUCCCCGCCCGGGACUGAGUGCAUUGGCUACAAAAUGGCGGACGGGGAACUGAACGUGGAUAGUCUUAUCACCAGGCUGCUGGAAGUUCGAGGAUGUCGUCCAGGCAAGAUUGUACAGAUGACAGAAGCAGAAGUUCGUGGCUUGUGUAUAAAAUCUCGAGAAAUCUUUCUUAGCCAGCCUAUUCUUCUGGAGCUAGAGGCACCACUGAAGAUCUGUGGUGACAUUCAUGGCCAGUAUACAGAUUUACUUCGAUUGUUUGAGUAUGGGGGAUUUCCACCAGAGGCAAACUACCUUUUUCUGGGAGAUUAUGUUGACAGAGGAAAACAAUCCUUGGAAACCAUCUGCUUGUUACUUGCAUAUAAAAUCAAAUAUCCCGAGAACUUUUUCCUCCUGAGAGGAAAUCAUGAAUGUGCUAGUAUUAAUCGCAUAUAUGGAUUCUAUGAUGAAUGUAAACGGCGAUUCAAUAUAAAGCUUUGGAAGACAUUUACAGACUGCUUUAAUUGCCUACCUAUUGCAGCCAUUGUAGAUGAGAAGAUUUUUUGCUGUCACGGAGGACUCUCACCAGAUCUGCAGUCUAUGGAACAGAUCAGAAGAAUUAUGAGACCCACAGAUGUCCCUGAUACAGGCUUGCUGUGUGAUCUGCUGUGGUCUGAUCCAGACAAAGAUGUGCAGGGUUGGGGUGAAAACGAUCGUGGAGUCUCUUUCACUUUUGGAGCUGAUGUAGUCAGCAAAUUCUUAAAUCGGCAUGAUUUGGAUUUAAUUUGUCGAGCUCACCAGGUGGUUGAAGAUGGCUAUGAAUUCUUUGCUAAACGACAACUAGUUACCCUAUUUUCUGCUCCUAAUUACUGCGGAGAAUUUGACAAUGCUGGUGGCAUGAUGAGUGUGGAUGAAACUUUGAUGUGUUCUUUUCAGAUCUUGAAGCCAUCUGAAAAGAAAGCAAAGUACCAGUAUGGUGGACUGAAUUCUGGACGCCCGGUCACUCCACCUCGCACAGCUAAUCCACCGAAGAAGAGGUGAAGAAAGGAACAUUGUGGGGAAAAAAAACACCCAACAUCAGAUCUAUUAAGGACACAACUCCAUAUAUACAGUAUAUAAUAAGUGUGCACUGUAAAAUCAUCCAGCCAUUUGACACCCUCUAUGAUGUCACAUCUUUAACUUAAAGAGACGGGUAAAGGAUCUUUAAUAUUUUCUAGUUGACAGAUGUGCAACACUAUAUUGUAACAAGUAUACUCCAAGUUCUAUUAACCAACAUAGAGUAAAGUCAGAUCUAAACAAAUUCUUUUGGUUUCAUAAUCACAUCACUUUUAAAGUUGACCAACAUCCCAAUUUAAGCUUGAUGUAAUAGGUAAAUCAGAUGAGAGCAUGAUGUUUCAUUUGUGUAAUGUGGUCUUACUGUUGCUUGAUUGCUUUUAUUUCUAUUAUUUUGUAGUUGAAUGAUGGCAAAGUAUCUCUAGUCAUGUUCCCUGGCUGAAAAUGAAUUAUGGAAAAGAUUUUUGAGCAGCUUCUGUUCUUCUUUUCCUGAUAAUCUUGCUUACUAAACAUCUGCCCCUCUUCUGGAGUAUAGUGGCUAAAAACAAACGCAGCUCAACCUCGUGACUUCAGUAUCUCUCCUUACCCAGACAGCUGUCAUUAUUUCUCAUGAAACAAAACUCCCUGCUUUUUAUUGUUGACUGCCACAGAAUGAAUUUGUGCACGGCACCAUUUUAAACUAACAUUAAACACACAGUUGCACCCCAUUUAACUAACAUAGGGCAAGAUUGGGUAUUAUUAGUUGAUAACUUGAUUAUGUGGUACCUUGCAUUAGUUUUUAUUAGCAUGAAACACCUUUUGGCAUGCUUAGCUUCCUGAUAAUGCCAUACUUACAUUAAAGUGCAUUUUGCAUAGCUCACCAAACGUGAAGGUCCCUCUCUGACAAGCCGUAAAAAUCUAGCCCUGUUCCCCCCUGCACUCUGCCCUGGGCUCCAGGAGGGUGUAUUUAAAUGGAUGUUGAUAAAUGAGCAUUAGAUUAACUAUGGCUAGUGGUGGUUGGACUGUCUAAUAUUGCCAUGUGAAUGUUCUACAUGAUUGUAAGGCUUAUGUCACUAAAGAUUAUAUCCUCUGGAUUUCCUUGAUCAAAGUUCAUAUACUAUUGUAGAAACUUCUGCUUUGUAGUGUAUUAUAGUAGCAAUAAUUUCUGUACAUGAUCCAGAUUUGCAGUAUUUCUUUUCCCAUUUUCCUUUCUUAAAAGGUUCAUAUUGAAAAAUGACAAUGUGUAAAAAUAUGUGCAAAAUUUGUAAGAGGAUAAAAAUUGAAAUGCAGAGACUUCAUUGGAGAAGAAUACAAAUUUUUAUUGAGCAUUGUCAAAUUUGUAAGGUUCUUUAGGAGGGAAGCUUCUAAUUUAUACCAUAAUAAUUGUGCAACAGUAAAUGUAAAAUUCUUUAAUACUGUCUUUACAAAUGUUAAAUUGAAGAUUCUAAUAACUUGCAUUAUAUGAAAUGGCACAUAUUUUGCAAGUAUCCUGGCAAAGUGAAAAGUUCUUUAAAAUGACUUUAAGUCUCUUUUCUAACUCCAUUUUGUUUUAAACACAUGUUAAAUGUAGUUUUUUUCAUUUAGUAAAGUUGUUUAAUUGAUUUGAA